AGUUUUUAUUCUUUUUAUAAAUAUAAAAAAUGUAACAGUUUUUUGGCAUUCAGGCGGUCUCUCAAUACUCCACCUGCACCAUCAGGUGCAGAAGGAGGAGCUUUGCCCGGGGCAGCAUUCAUGCAAAAACCGCCACUGUUUGUUUUCAAGUUCAUUUCUCCUCCCAAUGCGUUUCGAUCUGCUGCCAUCGUAACUACUACAAAUUAAUGCAGCGUAUUUGAAAGCCACUCCCCCUUUUCUCCCAGCAUCUCCCUCUCCAGAUCAGACCUUCCCAAACGGGAUAUCGGACAUCUACUUCUCGUUUAGCCACCGACGGCUCUGAUUUCCUGUUUUCGAGAGGAGUGACCUCCGAAUUGCACAAUCAUCAAGAUCUCGGAGCAGUGACUCAGUAGCUUCCAGUUCGGUUCGGGUGUGCAGGUGGUCUCCUCCUCCACAGUGAGAGCGGAGCUUUUCGGAGCAUUGCGCUGUGUACCUUUAAAAGGUUGAAUUUUUUUCGGUCUGUGAGCGCUGGAUUGUGUCUCCACUCGGCUUGUCAUACCCUCUCGGCUCAGCUGCGUGUGUGCGCGUGCGCGUGCGCUGUUCUUCCAGCUGUGACAUGGCACAGAGGCUGCGUGUCCUCUCAGCAGCAGCAGCAACAGCAUCCUAAACCAUGGACGCUCUCGGGAACGCAGCCAGCGCGGCUCGGGGAACCAGGACGAGGCUGCUGCUGGUCUGGACCUUACUGAACGCGGUGUCGGGACUGAAGGCGGAGGACGGCGGAAUGGUGGAGGAACUUGUAACUGAGAAGGAGGCAGAGGAAAGUCACCGACAGGACAGCGUCAAUUUGCUGACAUUCAUUUCGCUGCUGACUCUCACCAUUCUCACUAUAUGGCUCUUCAAGCACAGGCGGGUUCGCUUUCUUCACGAGACCGGACUGGCAAUGAUUUACGGCUUGCUGGUCGGUGUGAUCCUGCGUUACGGCAUUCCAGCCACCAGCUACCACAACAAGACCCCCCCGAGCUGCUCGCUGAAGGAAGGACCUUCCAGCACCCUGCUGCUCAAUGUCAGCGGCAAGUUCUUUGAGUACACCCUGAAAGGGGAGAUCAACUUCAGGGAGAUCCAUAACGUGGAGCAGAACGAUAUGCUGCGCAAGGUGACCUUUGACCCUGAGGUUUUCUUCAACAUUUUGCUCCCUCCGAUUAUUUUUCAUGCUGGGUACAGUCUGAAGAAGAGACAUUUCUUCAGAAAUCUUGGCUCCAUCAUCACCUACGCCUUUCUUGGUACUGCAAUUUCAUGCUUUGUUAUUGGGAAUCUGAUGUACGGCGUGGUGAAGCUGAUGAGGGCGGUCGGACAGCUGACUGAUAAGUUCUACUACACCGACUGCCUUUUCUUUGGGGCCGUCAUCUCCGCCACAGACCCAGUGACUGUGUUGGCGAUUUUCAACGAGCUCCACGCAGACGGGGAUCUGUACGCUCUGCUGUUCGGAGAGAGUGUGAUGAAUGAUGCUGUGGCCAUUGUCUUGUCCUCCUCCAUCAUGGCCUACCAGCCUGCUGGUGCCAAUACACACAUGUUUGACGCCUCUGCCUUUUUCAAGUCUGUGGGAAUUUUCCUGGGGAUUUUCAGCGGCUCCUUCGUGAUGGGCGCAGCCACAGGCGUGGUGACGGCCCUCGUCACCAAGUUCACCAAGCUGCACUGCUUCCCUCUGCUGGAGACGGCGCUCUUCUUCCUCAUGUCCUGGAGCACGUUCCUGCUGGCCGAGGCCUGCGGCUUCACCGGUGUUGUGGCCGUGCUGUUCUGUGGCAUCACCCAGGCUCACUACACAUACAACAACCUCUCUGAGGAGUCUACAAAACGCACCAAGCAGCUCUUUGAAGUCCUUCACUUCCUGGCUGAGAAUUUCAUCUUCUCGUACAUGGGCUUGGCUCUGUUCACCUUCCAGAAACACAUUUUCAGUCCCAUCUUUAUCAUAGGAGCUUUUAUAGCCAUAUUUAUCGGCAGAGCUCUCAACAUUUACCCGCUGUCCUUCCUCCUCAACCUCGGUCGAAGGGACAAGAUCAGGGGAAACUUCCAGCACAUGAUGAUGUUUGCAGGUUUACGCGGUGCGAUGGCAUUUGCCUUGGCUAUCCGGGACACUGCCACCUCCGCCCGGCAGAUGAUGUUCACCACCACUCUGCUCAUCGUCUUCUUCACCGUCUGGGUGUUCGGUGGGGGAACCACACCCAUGCUCUCCUGGCUGCAUAUCAGAUAUAGAUAUGGGAAUGGCAAAAGAUUUCAGGACGAGAGCCGCCGCCACGGAAAGUGGGAGUACUCCAGGGUUGGUGUGGAUUCAGAUCAAGACCUGCAGCCGUCUGGCGACAGCUUCCAAGUCCUCCAGGGGGAUGGGAGUCAGGAUGAGGGCCAGAGUAAAACCAAACAGGAGAGUGCCUGGCUAUUCAGACUCUGGUAUACAUUUGAUCACAAUUACCUUAAGCCCAUUUUGACACACAGUGGUCCACCGCUGACCUCCACUCUGCCCAGUUACUGUGGCCCACUGGCAAGCUGCCUUACCAGUCCACGGGCAUAUGAAAACCACGACCAGCUAAGGGAUCCCGACACUGACUUGAUCCACAACGACGCCGACCUGACCUUCACAUUCGGCGACACCGCCGUCACCGCCAACGGGGCGUCCGCCAGCAGGGCGGAUGCCGCCGGGGGGAUGGGCUGGAGCGCGAACGGAAAGAGGAGCGGCAGCACGUCGGAGGAGGCCCUGGAGCGGGAGCUGGACUCCCGCGAGCAGGAGCUGCUGAGCCGAGGCACACGCCUGGUUUUCCCCAUGGAGGACCACAUCUGACCUCCCCGCCGCUCUCCCCGGCCCGACCCUCACCCGCACCAUUUUGCCAUCAGUUCUCUCCACUUUCACAUGGGCAGGGUGCCCGGCGCUUCAGAGAUGAGACGGAUCUGAGAUAUGGGAUCUGACAGGAGGCGAAGGGUUCAUCGUGACCUGUGGCUCCAUCAAAGCCAGGGGAGCAGAGCUCCGGGAGCAUUUCAUCCUCAUUAGAUAAGAAGUUUAUUCCAAAGAAGACACAACGCCCCUGUGGUGUUGAGGGAAUAGAAGAAGAAGAAGAAAAAAAAAAUCUUGCUGCUGCUUCACAGACUGCGUUCUCUGCAGAAGAGGAUUGAAAACGUUUUUGACAGGAAAUGGAAACGAUGUAUGCCCAUGCGAGACUCUCUUCAGGUUCAACACUUUGUUGUUGUGCUGGAGGAGAAAAUGGGUCUCAUGGUGGGAUGGGACCAGUGUGUCUUGACAGUUCAGAAACCACAUAAAAAGACUUUGACUGAAGAGUUCUUUGGUUAAAGUCUACCGGAAGACAUUUACUGCUAAAACCACAGCUUCUGUUUAUCUACUGCUGAGAACGUAAAGGGACGUUGAAGGUGUUUCCUCCUCAGUCGUGAUUUAACACAAGCAUCUAAAUAGCUUUGUUUCUCUUUGGUUGAACUGUUCAUUGAAGGCCUAUUACAUUUACAGGUGGUAUGGGGACAUCGUGUCAUUCAGUUGACCUGGAUCAUCUUCCGUGUUAAAUUGUAUCUCAUGACACAACUUAGAAACCCUGACAUGUUUUAAAUUCCAUUAAGAAA